UCCACUGCUAAGGGAGUUAGCAGGGAGACAGGAGAGGUCUGCUGCACCCUGUGGGUCACUCCCUGGGCAGGGAUUGAUCUCAUACUGCAAUAGCUGUGGAGACCUUCAUAGUGCUGUGCUCUAACACAUUGUGCCACAGGGAGGGCCCAAACUUUAAUAGGUUUUGCAUUAAGUUGGUCUAUGGCUUUGGGUAAAAUGACUGUUUCCUCAGUGUUGAUCCUUUCAAUUCAUGAGCAUGGAUUCUUUCCAUUUCUGUCUUUUAACAGUGUCUUCUACUUUUCAUUGUAGAGAUUCUUCACUUCCUUUAACUUGGCCUGUGGUCACCUUUGCUCCAGCCCCAGAGUUCAGACUGCCCCUCCUGUGGGCCUGAGACAUGUCUAACAGCUCCUGCCAUCAAGUAAACUAAAGCCCUGGGAUGUACAUCCAGAGAAAUCAAGAAGACAGUACAUCUGUUAACAACUACAAAUCCAUGAAAAUCUGUGAUAAAUAAAAAAGCAGAAGCAAUCCAAAUAAAACGAAGUACUAGCUGCUAAAGAAGCCCUACAUGGCAGCCCAAUUACCCAACAUUGUUAUCAAAUGCAAGCAAGUGAUACUAAAUUGUUCAUAGCCACUGUGUUAUGCAAAAUUUCCUUACGAGGCCAAAGGCUAAAAUUACCAGCUAGUUUCAUUAUUCACCCACAGCAAACAAGCCACGGCCCACGAAUUGUUCUUGUAGUUUUAAGUUGUUUAAAACAGGGGUGUGACCGACCCUACACAUGGCCCAGGAAGCCUAAGACAGACCCUGCCUGGCACAGGUAGACGUGCGACUGCUGACCUGUCCCAUAGAGAAGAAUCUGCCGUCAGGGCUUUGUGGCUCACAGACACAAACAGACCAUGGGAACCAAGAAAACAGAACCGGGAAAUGGAACCACUGGGAAGUGAGACGCGACGCAGGAGACAGGUUUCAGCAGAGUCCGCGCUGCCCCAACGGCGGUGGCCACUGCGCAUGCCCGGCGGAGCCGGCUCCCAGAGGUGAAUCACACACCUGUGCGCAGGGCAGAAACUGCGGCUGGCGUGCGAUGCCUGCGACAGUGAGCCCGAGUCUUCACACAUGGCUCGGGCAAGACCCCUGCAGGUCUUAAAGGUGACACGCGGGAAGCAGUCGUGUGACUCCGGGCGCCGCCGACCCGGGUGGGCGUGGCAGGACUCCGCCGAGGGCCCCGGGUUCACCCUCCCUCUCUUCACAGCAGCGGCCGCUGUGCCCACGGACCCCCGAGUAGCCAGCUCUGCCCGGCCGACAUGAGCUGCGGGACCCCCUUCCCUUGCCCGCGUGGCGCUGGUUCUUCCUGGAGGCGGAAUGUUUCCUCCUUAGCUCCUGCCAGGCCGGUUGGCUGCAGUACAUUUUCUUACCGUGCCUGGGGCCAGCCAGGUCUCCAAGUCCCCUCUUCAGAGGCUGCCGAGGCUGCCGUAGGACCAGGCCAGAUGAGCAGGGACGCGUGCAUCCGAGCCUGGCUGGGCUCCUACUAUCUGGAGGUCGAGAAGCGAUGGGUCCCGGGCCAACUCGCUCUCACCCCGCACAUGCUCCAGUUCACAGCGGAUGGAACGGGGGACGUCCUGGUCAGCGUGCCCCUCGGCAGCGUCACCGAACUCAAGAAGGCGGCGUCGCACUUCAUCUUCAGCUCCAUCACCGUCCUGGAGCAGGGUGGUGCCAAGCACUGGUUCAGCACCCUGCGGCCCAGCCGCAACGCCGCCUUCAGCGUCCUGGAGCACUUCUGGAGGGAGCGGCUGCUGGCCCCGGGGGAGGCUGCUGAGCCGGCACCCGCCUCCAGGGGCCAGGAGCUGGUGGGCCUGGCGGCCCGCUCCCAGCAGCGCCUGGAGGAUGCGGCCCACGCCCUCCACCACCAGGGCCGGCAGAUGGACCGUGUCGCCCGGGACCUGGACCAGAUGGAGGCCGACCUGGACGUGGCUGACAGGUUGCUGACGGAGCUGGAGUCCCCUGCGUGGUGGCCCUUCAGCUACAGGCUCUGGAAGACACCGGCGGACGUGCAGCCCCGGGCUGGUGCCCCCGCGGGGAGGCCCGGAGCGCGUGGGAAGGCCAGGCCCAUGCUCAGCAUCCCUGUGGUGGUCUCCCGUGGAGCAGAGGCCUCGGAGGUGAGACCAGGCAGGCUCACUGUUCUGGCAUCCGGGCUGGAGAUCCACGACUCGGCCUCGUCGCUCCUGCACAGAUUUGAAAGGGGAGACGUGGAUGACGUCCAGGUGCACACACCUUAUGAGGUCACUGUGCGCCAACGCGGCCUCGGGAAGCCCGAUGUGGCCUACCGCCUGCUGUCCGCCAGGAUGCCUGAGGCCGUGCGCGCUCUGGGCUUGCAGUUCAGCCAGAAGAUGGAACUGCUGGGCGAUGCCGCAGAGCUCUGGGGCCCAGGCAUCCCCGCCCCACGAGGGACGGGCUCCUCCGCACACCAGGCAGUGUCCCGGCCAACAGACCCUGCUGCGCCCGUAGGACCGGCCCCAGCCAGCAGGCAGCUGCAGCUCCAGGCCGGGGAGCGGCCCGUCUCCGAGGAGGACUCCAAGGAGCUGAGCCGGAUCCUGAGGCAGCUGAAGGGCCUGGCCUUGGACGCCCAGACGGAGCUGGAGAGGCAGGAUGAGGCCCUGGACGGCAUCGCCACGGCCGUGGACCGCAGCACCUUGGCCAUCGACAAGCACAAUCGACGCAUGAGAAGACUGACCUAGGGCCAGGUGACGGCUCCUGGAGCUGCCCUUCCCCAGCCCGUUGCCUCGAGCCAAGGGCCCAGGAGGCGCCCAUGGCCGCAGGCAGGGCUGUGGGCGGAGCGCGUCCUGCCUGCAGCAUGAGGGGCCUGGGGCCUGGGAAAGGGUCUAGGACUGCAGGGGGGCACUGCCCCCCCAGGGCUCACACUCACACACUCUGCUCCCCCUUUUCUGGCACGAGAGGCCAGCUUCUUUUUGUCAACCCCCAACUGCAGCCGCGUGGUGGCACCUAGGUGGCCCCGCUGGCACCGAGACCCCCUCAGCCAGCUCCUAGCCAGACGUGACCCAGCGGCCUUGCACGUCCCCAGAGCCGGGUCCCCGCAGGCCCGGCAGGCGCUGCCCUCCAUGUAGCGAGAGGACCGCGGGGUGCUGCGCGAGGUGCGGGCCGGCUGGCUGUCCACACGCUGCUGUCCUCAGAGUGCCUGCCAGGCCCACAGGCUCCAGGGCAUGCCAGAGGACAGGCCGCUUCCCGGGCACCGCAGCAAUACCCGGCACAGACACGAGCGAGGGGCCAGUGGCCGGGCCGGGCCCUGAGGUGGCCACGGCAGCCCGGGGUCCCCGCUCCUGCAGACACUGUCUGGGUUCAGCCCUUGCCUGGACUGCUGAGCCACGCCCUGCGGUCAGGGUGUGAAUGUGAGGCCCUCGGGCCAGGCUGUGGCACUGAUGGUCCCAGGAGACACCCAUGGAAAUGGCCUCCUCAAGGGCCCCCCAGUUCCUCACUGCUCACCUGGGUGAAUUUCACUCUGACUGCGAGUACCCCCGACCAGACGUCGCGGGUGCAUUCAAGGCCCCCGGCAGUGAGAGCCGCUGAUGCUGCCCCUCUGGCCCCGGCCCAGCCCCCUCCGCCCAACUCCAGCGCCGAGACCGCACCUGCCCCAGCUCACCAUGGGCCCAGGCGCUGCGGACAUGCUGCUCGACUCCCGUUGGAGGGGGCACUGCCACGCCCCGUGCAGGGGCCCGGGCGCCCCCGUGCGGGUGCCAGGACAGGCCGGGCCGUCCACGCAGACAGCCAGGCCCCACUGCCCUCCCGAAGGGCUCUGGGAGAGCCAGUGGACCGCGCCGAGCUCCAGUAAAAGCACCUGGGAACAAGG